CCCCCAAAUCAUGCCCACAAGGCUACAACAUCAGACAUUAACUCAACCCUCCAAGCAAAGUAUCAUUGCAGUUUGCACCAAUUCACAAACCACUUCUCAAAUUCUCUCUCUCUUUCUCGGAUAAACCCAUGAGUACUAGUACAACUAUGCUCAUUCUCAGCUUCCUCUACCUUCUAUUUUCAGCAUUAAUUCCAUCAAAUUCAGGCAAUGCUGCAUGCAGAUCCUAUUGUGGAAACCUCACCAUAGAUUACCCAUUUGCGCUCCAUUCGGGCUGCGGCCACCCGGGUUUUCGAGAACUCCUAUACUGCAUAAACGAUGUGCUUAUGUUUCACAUAAGCUCAGGAUCUUACAGGGUCCUAGACAUAGACUAUGCUUAUCAAGCCCUCACUCUACAUGACCCUCACAUGUCAACUUGUGACAACAUAGUGCUAGGAGCAAAGGGUAACGGCUUCUCCGUCGAGCAAUGGCGGGCCCCGUACAUGAAUCCGACGGCCGACAACGUAUUCAUGUUGAUAGGCUGCUCAGCUCAAUCACCACUCUUCCAAGGCUUUCCGGGAAAGCACUUGCCCUGUAGAAACGUUUCAGGCAUGAGCUGUGAAGAAUACUACGGUUGCCCAGCAUGGGAUUUGCUGGGCGGCCACAGGAAGGUGGGCUCCAUGUUUGGGUCAGGGCCACCUGAGUGCUGUGCAGUGCCAUUUGAGGCCAUCAAGGCCAUUAAUCUUACCAGGCUUCAGUGUGAAGGGUACAGCAGUGCCUAUAGUCUUGCCCCAUUGAGGCUUGAUGGGGCUAAUGGGUGGUCUUAUGGGAUCCGAGUGAAAUAUUCUGUUCAAGAAAAUGAUGAAUUUUGUAGGGCUUGUGAGGCUACUGGUGGCACCUGCGGGUAUGGAACUGAUGGCAUUAGGCAAUUGUGCAUGUGUGGGAAAUUGAAUUCUACAUCAAAUUGUGAUUCUGUAAAGUCAUCAUCAACAAGAACAUACUCUGCGGUGGACAGCUAUACAUUGAUAGGAUCACUGGUGUGUCUGCUAGCAUGGAUUACAAAGAACCAUUAUCCAUCACCAUAUGUUAUGCAUCUCAUUAUGUGAAUGUCAGAUUUAUAUAUUGUUGGCUUCUUGCGUGUUAUAUAUUGUUGGCUUCUUGUAUGCAUACAUGAGAGAGAGAG